AUGGAAGAAAAGCCGGACUGGAUUGCAGCUAAUAUGGAAGGGGGGAAACACGGACUGGAUCAGGCCGGCGCCGCUCCUGUCUCACAGAACCUGAAGAAGAGCUGGCACCCGCAGACGCUGCGCAAUGUGGAGAAGGUGUGGAAGGCGGAGCAGAAGCAUGAGGCCGAGAGGAGGAAGAUCGAGGAGCUGCAGCGGGAGCUGCAGGAGGAGCGGGCGCGGGAGGAGAUGCAGCGCUACGCCGAGGACAUGGGCACCGUGCGCAAGCGAGAGGAGAAGCUGGAGUGGAUGUACCAGGGCCCUGGGGGGAUGGUGAACAGGGACGAGUACCUGCUGGGGCGCCCUGUGGACAAGUUCAUCCUGGACAAGGUUGGGGACAAGGAGCCGGCUGGCACUGGGGACACGGGGCUGCUGCCUGGCUCCAUCUUUGCCAGGGCUGGGGCCAGCUCCGUGCUGGACAUGGCCACCAAAAUCAGGGAGGACCCUCUGUUCAUGAUCAGGGGGAAUUUUUUGCCUUUGCAGCUGCAGAACAGUUUGGAUAAAAAGGAGAGGAAGAAGAAGAAGGAGAAGAAGAAGAAGCACAAGAAGCAUCGACGGCGCAGCUCCAGCAGCUCCAGCUCCAGCUCCGAGGAGGAGAGGGGCAGGAACAAGUCUCAGAAAAAAGUGGAGAGUUCCUCCUGGAAAGCUGCUCCUUCCAAAAUCCCAGGAUAUGGAUUACAGGUCAGGGACCCCCAGCAGAGCCGCAGCCCCCCGGGCCAGCCCAGGGCUCCCUCCCCGCCCCGGGGCCGCUCCCGCAGCCCCCAGGGCCCCCAGGGCCACCAGGGCCACUCCAGCAGGAGCCACAGCAGGCAGCACAGCAGCAGGGAGGAGAAGAGCAGAGCCAGGAGCCCUUCCCCCAAAAAGAGCUUCAGGCGCCAGCAGCCCUCGGGCUACACCAGAAAGAUCUCUCCUGAGGAGCUGGAGCGAAAGAGGCAGGAAAUGAUGGAAAAUGCCAAGUGGAGGGAAGAGGAGAGAGCCAACAACCUGAGGAAGCACCGCAGGGAGGAGGAGCUGGAGAGGGAGCUGGAGAAACUCGACACCAGGGAUGGGAAAUUCUUCCACCGUUUGAAGCUGGAAAGUGCCUCCACCUCCAGCCUGGAGGAUCGGGUCAAGCGCAACAUCCACUCCCUGCAGAGGACUCCUGCAGCCUUGGAAAAGAACUUUAUGCAGAGGUGAAAGCUGUGCUGGCCCUGCCCCUGGGCAGGAGCUCGGUGGACAUUGGUUUGCAGAGGUGAGAGCUCUGCAGGAGCAAUUCCAGCUCCCGGGGAGGUGCAGGAUCCCGGGCUGAGCCCUCCCAGCGUUUGGGCUCUCGGUGUUCCACUUCUAACCCGUCCCCAGAGCUUCUCCUCCUCUGCCCACCCUGACUGGUGUCGCUUUUUUAUACAUCAUUGUGGUCACCGCUUCCUCCUGUGCCACAGCUGAAGAUUUAUUUUUGUUAAUCCUUAAAAUCCAGAGCAGAACCGGUGAUCCACACGUGAGGUAAUUCCAUGGAAUGGGACAGAACCACACUGUCAGCUUUUACAUCCACUCCUCGCAGUGUGCUGGAGUUUGGUGGCUCACAGAUUUAUUUCAAUGGUCUUUGACCCAAAAGAAGCAGUUGCUGAGGGGAAAAAAGGGAAUGAGCAGAGCCUAGCUGACACAGCAAAUAAUUCUCUGGGAUUUUGUAAUGUAAGUAAUGUGUAUAUGUACAGCAGUGUAGAUUUAUUUUGCCUUUUUAAUUAAGAAACUU